GGACUUUCCGAUGGUUUCGUUUUGCUUCCUUACCCAGAUGACACCCUUUUGCUCUGGGUUGGCGGACGAAUUGUCAUCUUGUGCAAUACUACACAGGUGCUGCUGACAUUGAUGCAGUAAAACAGGAGAUCCUUUGUUCGUACCAGGAUACCGGUUUUGUUUUUCUUGGUGGUUUUAUAACAUUCUGUCAUGGAAGCCUAGGCUCCCACAGUGGGGAUGCCCCUUUGUGGGGAGAGGUUUGACAUUGCUUAUCCCUUGUCCCGUGUGUGUGUGUGUGUGUCUGUGUGUGUGUGUGUGCGCGCGCGCGCACGCGCAUGCAUCUGGUUGAGGCGUUCAAUUGAUUAAUAAUGUCUAAGUACAUAUCGUUCAUGUUUGUUUGGCUCAGGGAUGUGGUAGCCAUCAUGGUUGACUUGUACACUGAUCCUGGAUGACCAUGUUUGAUGUUAGGACUCUUGAUUUGGGUAUCCAUCAUUAUUGCCUUAGUCAAUAUUCCUGUUAGCGUUUUCACUCUGCUUUGUCAUUGAAAACUUUUUUUUUGGAAUCACUGAAAGUAGAACGGCAAAUUUUCAGUAUUAGAGGUCGUUUAGAGUAGUUAAUUGGUUUCUACUCUGAAAUAUAUUUAGACCUCUCAGCUGAGUUAUAAUGCAUUCAGAGGUGGCAAGAAUAUGCACAGGGAAACAUCUGCAUGGGCAAAAAAAAGAUAAAAUGACAGCAUGUCCUUGAUUUUAUCCACCCCUUUUGAGUUCAUGUGUUACUUUUGCUUUUAUUUCCUCUGUAAUUUUAAGUUGCGUUGUCAUAGUGUUUGGAAAGAUAAUGUGAGCAACGCUUAGACACUUGGCUUUCAGAUUCAUUUACUCAUUUAGGUCAAUAACUUGGAUGGAUGGGGACUUAUUUCUUUCAUUUAUUUCUUUCAUUUUUAAAUUUCCUCAUUUGUGUGUUUGUGGGUGUGUGCGUGUGUGUGUGUGCUGAUGUAUGUAACCCUGAAUCGUCAAAUCUCUCCCCUCACAGAGGGCAUCUCUUUUUCCUUCAACCUAUACCUUUUUGAAACAAAAAAUGGAGACUCUUGUUCAACUCAAAAACAACCAGUUUCUGAUGGGCCUGUGUCGCAAUGGCCCUCCACCGGAUCUGCAGUACGACAACUCCUCAGAGCUUUUUCGCAUUUCCACCUUCGCUCGCUUCCCAGCCUCGGGAGUCACCGAGCGGAGCCUGGCGAGGGCAGGAUGGUUCUACACCGGCGUGGGCGAUCGAGUGCAGUGUUUCAGGUGUAACGUGACGGCGGAGGGCUGGCAAGCUGGGGAUUGCCCCACAGAGAAACACAGACAGCUCUCUCCGUCAUGCUCCUUCAUCCAGAGCCUCCCGUCUUCUGCCAACCUGGUCUCCUCCUCUCACUCCGCCUUCUCCCCGCUUCGCAGCGCCCCUGUUAUCCCGCUUUCAGGUCCAGGCCCGGCUCCAGUCCCCGGCCCUAACCCUCCUGCAGUUAGCCAAGGGGACGAGGCAGUGGGCUAUCUGAACAUAGGAUUCUCUGCUCCACCACCGUCCAGCCCGCUCAGUUCACGUGGUGUUGAAGACAUGUCUCACCAGAGACCGCCGACAUGCCACAACCCCAGCAUGCGGCGUGAACAAGACCGCCUGGAGUCCUUCCACUCCUGGACUCUAACGAUCAUCACCCCUGCUGAGCUAGCCAAGGCCGGCUUCUACUUCCUGGGCCAGGGGGACCGAGUGGCAUGCUUCAGCUGCGGAGGACAGCUUAGUAACUGGGAGCCAGGUGACCGAGCUGUGUCAGAGCACCAGAGGCAUUAUCCAAAUUGCCGAUUCGUCCGAGGGGACAGAGCGGACAACGUCUCCUUGGCCGGAGGUGCCGGUGCCGGUUCUGUGUUGGGGUCAGCUGCUGCCACAGGGGGCUCUCAGCUGUCAGGGGCUGCACCAGCCCUCAGUAACGUGUCCAAUCCAGCCAUGCAGCAAAGUGAAGAGAGGCUGCUCACCUUUGUCCACUGGCCUUCACGUAUUCCUGUCCGUCCUGAACAGCUUGCCAAAGCAGGCUUCUACUAUGUAGGUCGUAAUGAUGACGUGAAGUGCUUCUGCUGUGACGGAGGUUUGCGGUGCUGGGAGUCUGGAGAUGAUCCUUGGGUGGAACAUGCUAAAUGGUUUCCAAGGUGUGAAUACUUGCUUCAGGAGAAGGGACAGGACUUUGUCCAGCAGAUCCAGGCUCGCUUUCCACGGCUGUUUGAGCAGCUUUUAACAAAUGGAGACAGCAGCUCGAGGGAAUUUGUGGACCCACCAGUUGUCCAUCUAGGCCCUGGAGAGGACCGCUCCGAGGACGCAGUGAUGAUGAACACCCCAGUCAUUAAGUCAGCUUUGGAAAUGGGCUUCGAGCGCAGUUUGGUCAAGCAGACGGUCCAGAGCAAAAUCCUGACCAGUGGAGAGAACUAUAAGACGGUCCAGGAGCUGGUUUCAGACCUGCUGAGCGCUGAGGACCAGAAGAGGGAAGAGGAACGAGAGAUGCUGGCAGAGGCGAUGGCGUCUGAUGGUUUUACUUUUCUGAAAAGACAUCGGGUAGCACUGAUUCAGCGUCUGAAGAGCGUUGAGUCGGUGAUGGACCACUUGAGAGAACAAAACGUGAUAAAUGCUGAGGAGUACUCGGAGCUGCAGGCGCAGACGUCCACCCAGUUGCAAACGGCCAGGCUCAUAGACCUGGUCCUCAACAAGGGCAACGCCGCAGCAGAGCUCUUCAGGAACUGGAUCCAGAAAAAUGACGUUUUCCUGCUCAGAGAUCUAAUGGCACAGGGAAAUGAAGCUGUAUCACCAAGUCAAGAUCUAUCAGAUCUGCCCAUGGAGGAGCAGCUGCGUCGCCUGCAGGAGGAGCGCACCUGUAAGGUGUGUAUGGACAAAGAAGUCAACAUUGUCUUCAUCCCGUGUGGACACUUGGUGGUGUGUAAAGAGUGCGCCCCCUCCCUGCGAAAGUGCCCCAUCUGCAGGGGCCUAGUCAAGGGCACAGUCCGAACCUUCCUCUCUUAAGACUGAGGCCGAGCCGGAGAACCAGAGCCACAUUGCCGCAAUGUCAGAUAGUAGGCAUUUAGUAUUGUUGAAUUUAAUAAAUGUGGCAAAUGACAAGGAGGUUAAUGAGUGCUAAUGAAUGUGAGAAGGAGGAAAGUUGCGUUGCUAUUCUUCUGGUUCUUAUAUGUUAAUUCUCUUUGUCCUUACUGAACCUUAGAAAUGCUUGAGCCGGUAUGAAGUGACUUAACACUCGUCUGAGUGGGGCAGAUAAGCUUGUAUAUGGAAGGUAUUGUGCAUUUUAUGACUAAAGCAUGAAACUUUCUCCAGUGUUUCUAUACACCAUGAAGUUUGUUUUCAGACAUGGAAACACUUCAGAAUUGACCUCUGGAACUCGUCAGAGGGUGAACACAUUUCGGGCUGUCAAUUUUUUGUUUUUUUUUUCUUCACAUUUUUCACAGGCAUAAAGGCAGUAUAGAUCAGACAACAAAAAGGAGAGUUCUGGAGCACACUGAUUAUCUUAAAAUUGCUUUAAUAGGUGAAGGCAGACUGACAUUUCAACAGCAGUAUAGGCUAUAUCAAUUGUGUUUUAUUUUCCAAACAUGAACAAAUAGGGGUAACACCCACCACACACAAAAACUCAAAAAAGUGGACUUCACACAAUUUGUGUUAAAUUUGACUAAACAGUUGUCAUGUCAGCAUCUUUUAACCCACCCUACGAUGACAUUAUUAGUUCAGUAUGGUCAUGUGUGUCCUUUCUAAGCCCAACAGUCUCCUGAGCAUAAGCAAAGGGCAGUACACUUGAGGGCAGCCUUUUUGCACUUGCAGCGCAUAGUACACCUUUCUUGCAGCCACAAUGGAUAAGUUCAUAGCAGCUCUGUGAGGCUUCUGGAAGGGUGGUCCACAGGGGCUGCCAUCCCAUUGCUUCCUUCACCCAGCCCCAAUCAGAAGGGCUUGGCAGCUGAGGGUCAGUUACUAAAGCUUUGCACAAGACAUUGGCCUGAUAGGUGGCCCACUUAAUGUGUUGCUCUAGUGCAGCCUUUGUGGGUGGCAUGUUCUCCAGAGCUUUGGAUUUCUGAGUGAAGAGCUGUUUUCUAGCUUCAUUCACCUCUGUGAUUUUCCUUGUCCUGUCGUACAUCAGCACCACAAAGCACUCCAACAGUGACUUGGACAGCUCACUCACAUCACCUUGCAUCUGCAUGAGCUCACUGAAAGCCUCAGUCACUUCAGGGAAAGCCUUCCAAGUCUCCCAUGCAGUUUUCUUUCCUCUUCCAGGAAAUGCUGAGACUGAACCCCAAUAUAUCUGAAGCUGGUGCCUCUACCAAAAGCAAUCCACGUUUCCUCUGGCUUGAUCUUCCUAAACAUGGCCACGGCCAGGACAACAACAUCAGUGUCUACAGUACGAAUAGUCACCUUCUUGCAACCCUUCUGAACAGCAUCUGACACAUGCAGAAGCAAGCGUGUGUCUGCUUCCUCGUGAGAACAUGGAGUGAGAUUCGUCAAGUCCCACUGGGCAGGAGAGCAGAGCACCAUUUUGCCAUGAGUUGUGUAAACUUCUUUUCCAUCAUCUACGGGGAUGCAAGUGACUUGCUGGGGGAGGAAUCCAAACAAUUCUGUUUUGUUCUCAUCAACACGCAGAAAGUCUUUCCAGUGCUUUGGCAGUGCAGUGGUUGGCAUCACCCGUCUCCUGAUUUCCUUCCCUCUCUUCUGUCGGGUGGUUCCUUUCAGACUGUCUGGGAUGUAGACAUCCCAGAUAAUAUCAAGACACCUUGUUUUCUAAAGCUGGGAU